AUGAGAACAUUGCUAAUGCAGAGGAGGCUGCCAAAGAGGUUUUGGCCAUAUGCAAUCAGAGCUGCGGCAUUCAAAAUCAACCUCACUCCGAGCAUUGAUAAUGAGUUCCCCUAUCAAGCAAUAUUUGGCAAGUUGCCAGAGCGAGCUUUGAGACUCCUACAAGUGUUUGGUUGUCUGGCAUGGGUAAACAUACCCAAAGUCAAACAGGACAAUAAGAAACUAGACCAGCAAGCCAUCGCAUCCAUUUUCUUGGGAUACAGUCUAGAGAGAAAGGGCUGGCUUUUCUACAGCCCAGACUACAGUCCAAACAUUUUUUGGAGCAACUCAGCUAAAUUCAUGGAAUCCAAAUGUUGGUCAGACAGGACGGAGUGGCGACCGGUUGACAUGAAGACACCUCCAGCGAUGAUGACAGAGGAGGAUUUCAAAGACCUAGGGUACAAUGAGGAAAAUAUAUUUGAUGAAGCAGAUAAGGAACCAUUGCAAGAAUACAUAGAUAUGGAGACAGGUUCAGAAGAGAGAUCAAGCGAAGGAAUGGCAGAGAUGAUGGAACCAGAACCAAUCACCAAAACUCAAAUUGACAGUGAAUUCUUAGGACUCAUGGUGACACAACUGGAACAAAAGAAGAACCUGGAUCCAACCAUACAUGAAGCAAUGAGUGGAGAGGAUAGAAAACAUUGGGAAGAAGCCAUGCGAAAAGAGCUGGAUGGACUGGAAGCAAUGGGCAUGUGGGAGAUUGCCGACCUCCCGAAAGGUGCAAACACUGUCAACAUGUGUUGGGUACUCAAGAUCAAAAUGGAUGCAAACCUCAUACCAACAAAAGGGGUGAUUGCCAUCACAGCAACACAGGAUUGGGAAAUAGAUUCUAUUGACAUAAAACAGGCAUACUUAAACUCUACCAUACACCAUGAUGUAUACCUCAAGCCUCCACCAGGAAUCAAAAUACCAUCCGGAAAGGCUCUGAAGGUAGUGAAAGGUCUAGGGACAGGCAACAAGAUUACAAUCAUCACAACAUAUGUGGAUGACAUGCUAAUAACAUCACCCAGUCAUGAUGAAGUAGAUCACACCAAGCAGGAAAUCAUGGACAAAUGGGAGAUGCAAGACAACAGAAGAAUCAAAGAAUUCCUGGGUGUAAAGAUCACACGUGAUAGAGAAUGGAGGAGGAUAUCUCUGGAUUUGACAGCAUAUAUCAAAGCAAUGGUGAACAAAUGGUUAAGAGAAGCAAGUGAAAAAUCUUGGAUACCCAUGUUGUGCAUAGCAAACAUUGCCAGAGGUGAGAGAUGCAAACCUCAACAGGCAAAGGAAUAUCAAGAGUUAGUUGGUCAACUGUUAUGGGUAUCAAACACAGCCCAACCAGAUAUCGCCUUUGCUGUUGGCAUAUUGGCAUGA